AUGGAGCAACACGCAGAAAAAGUGAUCGAGAUCUCCUCGAAGGCGAGAUAUUUCCACGAUCGUUGUUGGGGAUUUCAGAUUUAUAAUGGCUCGACACAGUGUACCAGGGGGCCAUCCAAGACUCGGACCAACACCAUCGACAUCCGCUCUCUCAGCCGCGUGCUACAUGUCGAUACUGACGAGAGAGUAGCCCUUGUCGAGCCCAAUGUACCAAUGGCCAAGCUUGUCGCGGCUACCUUACCAUAUGACUUGAUUCCGCCAGUGAUAACGGGGCUCCCGAGCCUCACGGCCGGGAGCGCAUAUACAGACACAUCCGGGGCAAGCAGUUCAUUUCGACACGGGUUCUUUGACCGAACAGUGAACUGGAUCGAGAUUGUGUCCGCGAACGGGCAAGUCAUGAGGGCGUCGACGACAGAGAAUGCGGAUUUGUUUUACGGUGCCGCGGCAUCGCUUGGAACGCUAGGUAUUGUGACACUGCUGGAGAUACAACUGGUCCCAGCGAAGCCGUAUGUCCGGUUGGAAUAUCGACCUGUAUCUUCAGUGUCGCAGGCUAUAUCUGGGAUCCAGCGGUAUACCACCGACACCGAUUGCCAGUACCUUGACGGUAUUAUGUAUAGCCGUGAUAAAGGUGUCCUUUGUGCAGGCUAUUUAAGCGACAGACCCGCCGAGUCCACAUCGGUGCAACGUUUCACGCGCUUAACAGACCCAUGGUUCUAUAUACACGCGGAGGAGAUUUCGUCCAGGGGUAACCCUGCGGAGGAGUACAUCCCGCUAGUCGAUUAUCUCUCUCGGUACGACCAUGGAGGCUUCUGGGCUGGCAAGUGGGCAUUGGACAACCUCUUCCAUGUUAGUCCUAUGUAUCAUACGAUGCAUAAAGGCGGUCAUUUCGGAAAAAACACAAUCCAAAACGUUGCGGUACCUUACAAGAAUGCGCAUGAAUUAAUCGACCACCUGGAUGAUUCCUUCGGACGGUAUCCUAUCUGGCUCUGCCCAGUCCGACAAGCCACAUCCAGUCCCGACGGCCUCAAAGUUCAUGGACUAAUGGCCCAGCUUCAUCCGACAGAAUCAACUCUAAAAGAUCCCAAAAUUCUCCUCAGCAUCGGCACCUGGGGCCCGCGACCCGGAACUGAGAAGGGAUUUGGCGAAUUUGAUCGCUCAGUAGAACGCAAAGUACUUACCCUUGGCGGUCAGAAGUGGCCAUACGCGGGAACAUACUACACAGAAGAAGAAUUCUGGUCCCUAUAUGACCAGAAACACUCUGAGCAAUUACGUCGGAAGUACAAUGCUACAUACCUACCGACGUUGUAUGAGGAGUCGCGUGUCCGAAUAGCAGAGCAAGGCUGGAUGGAAAUGUGGCUGUUGAGCGGGUUGUAUGGGUUGAUACAUUCAGCUGUGCGGACGGAGUAUCUUCUUGGUCAGAAGAAGAGAUUGAAUGUAAUCUCGGGGGAUAUGGCGGCAUGGUUCAUCUUUUUGGUUGCUGGGUUGUAUUAUGUUGUGACGGGAGGUGGAAUUUGA